CUCCACUUUCGAAAGAUCCCGGAGUCCUAAGAUCUCAUUCUCCCACACGCUGCAUGAUAACUGCGCUGUUGCCUGCAGCAGCAUCUCCAGCGGACGAACGGCAGAAGAUCUCUAGGACUGCGUGGGAUUGAAUAAAUCCCCCGGCAAGGACCGAGGCGCAACCACCGGUGGAUAACGAUUGCCGUCGCCACCGCCCCCCUUGGCUUCUCUCCGUCCGACCGGAACCGUUAGUUUGUCGCUGCCUGACUGCAGCGGGCGCCGGAUUCAAACCCGCGCGCUAGUGGGAUCCAGUCUCUCCUCCCCCCCCCCCAACCUUUCUUGCGUGACCGUUGUCGGGCUUGCAUGGCCGACGAGAGGCCACCCUCCUGCCCGCGCAUGACUGACCGGUCACCGGCUCCCCCCUUCGAUCAAGAAACGUCCCCCCGGCGUAUGACGGGGAAUUCGGGGGGGGGGGGGGGGGGGGGGGUCUAAGGGGUGUUCAACUCAAACUGGUGGCCGUUUGGAGAGAGAGUCGAGUGAAGAUGAUCGAGUCGUGUGCAGUACCACUUCUGCUUCUUUCGUCUGGGCUGCUACGACGUGCAUGAUGGAUUUCGAUGGGGAAGCUUUUACACGUGUUUCGGUGGGCUUUGAUGGAAUGCCUUUCGGGGUGGACGGAUGAUUGUCUGCAGGAGGAGGUAGGGGAGGCGAGGACGUCUGCAAAAUGGCUCUCGAAUGCCUGCCAAAGUGCAUGUGGGGGGUGAGAAGAAGAACAAGCGACGGUGUCAUGAAAAGGGCGAGGAUUCUAGUCGGGGACGGGCCACAAUGUUCUCGGAUGUGGAUGUGGUGAAGAAGAGCUCGACAGUUGACCCGCGGUGGAAUGCGCGGGGCUGGGGGUUGGUUCACCCUGGGUUGGGCGGGACCCGGACCUCCAAAUGUGGCGGCGGGCCGAUCGAUCGACGAGAGGAACCGCCAUCAGAGGAGCGAGAAAAGGUGGUCUACAGUGGAGCGAGCAGUGCGUGGACGAGAGUCGAGGCGAGGCCCAGAUUUGGCAGCCAGUCAAGUCGUCUCACUGUUGGAGGAGGUGCGGGGAGUCGUAUAAAACAGUUGUCCUCUGUCCAGCAGGGCAGGAGGAGGAGAACGAUUGAGGCCGAGACAAGAUCGGUUCAUUAAUGACGAGAACAAAGAAGGGAGCAAAUCGACUCUUCUGUGCCGUUGUCCCUGCUUCCGCACUCACCCCCCAACUCUGACCACCGCUCUCCGGACAGCAGACGACAGCUGCACUCAUCCGGAGCUGCAACGGAGACGACCGAGGGAGAGGAUUAGAGGACAGAGAGUACGAGAAGAAGAGAAGUGGUG